AUGGCGCCCACGCCGCUGUCCUCCGCCUACGAGGCCCCCAAACUCCCCGCCUCGGCCGACUUCAACGCCCUCUACAACCGCAUCUCCCUCGCCUCCGCGAAGCAGGCGACCUUCCUCACCUCGAUGCGCGCAAAGUACCCGUCCCUCGCGCGCUCGCCCGCCCCGUCCCCCGCGACCGCCCCCGCCACGAACGGCGCCUUCUCCUCCCUCACGAAACCGGACCCGUCCUCCGCGCCCGCAGCCGCAGCCGCAGCCGCAGCGGCCCCGAGAAAGGCCCAGGACGACGACCUCCGCUUUGAGAACCCCAACACGGGGCUCGGCUACUCCGCACCAAAGUCGGAACAGGUCACCUCGGCAGCGACGCGCGACCUCAGCCGCCGCCUGCUGGGGACCAAGCGAGGCCGCACCGACGACCCCAAGGCCGCGGCCGCGGCCCUCGCGAAACGCAGGCUCCAGGACGACGAGAGCGAGGAGGAGGAGGGCAGGAGCGGCGUGGGGCGGAGCAAGAAGAAGAGAGUCCGUCAGGAGAGUCCCGAGGCGCGGUCGGAGCCGUCCCCGGCGCCGCCUUUGGCUUCGGAGCCCGAGGGGACAGAGGAGAAGGCGGACGUCGAGAUGCAUGAGGGGGGCAGUGCGCCUGCCGGCGCUCUCGAGAAUGUCGAUGGCGGUCGGGAUACUGCUCAAGUGGACGUGGAGCAGGAGGAAGCCUCCGGGUCGGCCGAGGACGCCGCUACGCCGGUAGACCCCGCCCGGCCCGGAGCUCGACUAGAGACAGGCGAAACCUCAAAGAAGAGAAAGAAGAAGAACAGGAACAAGAAAAACAAGGCGGCGGCGGCGGCGGCGGCAUCCAGCGGAAAAGAAGACAGCUGA